GCUCCAUGUUUUGCGCAUGCGUCUUACUGCUGGAUGAAGCCGAUCCUCGAGGACCCAGGGCGCCUUCCUACACAUGCGCAGGAGGUUCAAUGACAGUCGAGCGUUGGUUAAGGCUCUGGGGACAGGGGCUGGCCAUGCUGCACGUGACUCGGGGGGUCUGGGGAUCCAGGGUCCGAGUACGGGCCCUGUCGUCGCUGGCGGCUAAGAUGGGGGAGUACCGCAAGAUGUGGAACCCCACGGAGCCCCGCGACUGGGCCCAGCAGUACCGCGAGCGGUUCAUCCCGUUCUCCAAGGAGCAGCUGCUCCGCCUCCUGAUACAGGAAUUCCACUCCAGUCCUGCGGAGAAAGAGGCUUUGGAGGAAUUCUCGGCCCACGUGGACUUCUGCACCUUGUUCCACUAUCACCACACCCUGGCCCGGCUGCAGUCCUUGUAUGACCCCAUCAACCCUGACAGGGAGACCCUUGACGAGCCUUCGCUAACAGACCCUCAGCGUCUGUCCAAUGAGCAGGAGGUGCUUCGAGCUCUGGAGCCCCUGCUGGCCCAGGCCAAUUUCUCCCCACUUUCUGAGGACACCCUGGCCUACGCCCUGGUGGUCCACCACCCUCAGGAUGAGGUCCAGGUGACAAUAAAUUUGGAUCAGUAUAUCUACAUACAGUUCUGGGCCCUGGGCCAGCGAGUUGGGCAGAUUCCCCGUAAGUCCAGCAUGGGCUCCAAGCGUGGCUUCUUCAAGUCUCCCCCAGCAGAGAGGAGAUACUUUAAGCGGGUCGUGCUAGCGGCCCGAACAAAGCGGGGGCACCUGGUGCUGAAAAGCUUCAAGGACAUACCAUUGGAGGGCCUGGAGCAGCUGCUGCCUGCGCUGAAGGUGCGCACGCCCGCACUGCAGCGUGCCCUGCUCAAUAUCACGCUUGUGGUCUCAGGCGUGGCGUUCUUCGUCAACGUGUGUAUGGUGGUGCUCUCAGACCUCAAGAUGGCCACCUCCCUGCUGCUGCUGCUCUUUGCUGCCUUCAUGGGCCUGCGGGCCUCCAAGAUGUUCGGACAGCGGCGCAGCAUGCAGGCGCUGGAGCUGGCGCACAUGCUCUACUACCGCAGCACGUCCAACAACUCGGAGCUUCUCAGCGCCCUGGCCCUGCGCGCUCAUGACGAACACACCAAGGAGGCACUGCUGGCGCACAGCUUCCUGGCCCGUAGGCCUUUGGGCAGGCACAGCAGGCCGGAAGAGACCUCUCAGUGGCUCCAGUCCGAGGUGGAGAACUGGCUCCUGGCCCAGUCAGGCUGUGACGUGGCCUUCAACGGAGCUCGGGCUAUGGGCCACCUGCAAGCCCUGACCCCCAGCAACGGGAUGUACCCGCCCCCCGGGUUCCCCAAACUAGAGCCAUUGGCUACAAUCACUUCGCCCCAGGCUUCACCCAGGAGUGACAACCCCUGACAGAAACCUCUCAACCCAGCCCCACCCAGCCACCUGUUUAGGAACUGAGCUCCGCCUUCCCCAUGACAAGCUGUCAAUCACGGCUACUACGCUUUGCAGUUCCUCAAUUUCCAAUGGCAGGCGAUCACAUUACACUGUAUUCAUAAAGCCGCCUAUCAAGACAGCCUACACUUGCUAGCCCCACCCCUUUUGAUGAACAGCUAACCAAUCAAAGCUUUUUGGUUUUGCUUCAAUUCCAUUUCUGAGUCCCACCUCCACUGAACAUCCAAGCUGUGGUUUGGCUGAGGAGGGAGUGUCAGCCAAUCACAGCUGUUCAACGCUACCAACCACCUGGCACAGUUAAGUUGUGCUCUCCUGAGGCUAUAUAUCAUUGUCUUUUUAGCCCGCUCCGCUCCGGGCAUACUGCCCAUCAUGUUCACCAAGGCAGAGUCCCAGCCUGCAGCCAAUGAGAGCCGGUUAGCCCUGCUCUCUGGCAAACUGCCAAUGACAGUUUCUGGGCAUUCUCAACCUUAGGCAGCCAGUUGUCGCUGCAUAGAAGCAACUAAUCAGAAUUUCUAAAGGAAACAAUCUAUUAAUUGCAGUUACGUGUAAGUCAGGCCAUCUGGUCAACUACUGAUCAGCUUGUUCGGGCUGAAGGGGUUGGGAGCCUUUUGCCAGGCAGGAAGUUGUGGGCUAGGAGGAACCAGAGACCAUUCUCAUUUCAAGACGCACUUCCACUAGGCCCCAACAACCUCUGGUGCCAUCCCUGCCCAGGUCCCUUACCCUUUCUACAGAAACUACCUCGGUCUGGAUCUUUCCUCCAGCAGUGGCCUGUGCAAUAUUUAUUGGUCUAUCAAUUCCCCACGCCCCUCUCCCAAAGGAAUAAACCAUGGUUAAUAAAUCUG